AUCUCCCUCUUUUAGGAGUAUGAAACUCGAUCCCGUCGCGCCGGUAGCGUCCGGUAUAAAACAGUAGCGCGAGUCCAGCGGAAGAGACUGUGAGAACAAUAUCAGUGUGAUCGGAGAGUUUGGACUUCACGAUCACCGAGAUGAGUCGCAGUUCUCCACAUGUCCCGGACUUUCAUAAAUGAGCUGACAUACAGACCCGUUAUUCCUGCUCGUUUCCAUGGAGAACAUGAUGCGUCCUGGAAUGAUAGACCGAUAAUGAUUGCAUUGCUUGUUUCUAAUCAAUUGAUGAUACUUAAGGUUUUUUUUACGCAUGAGAAGAAGACUGCAUGGACACACCAGCUCUGAAUUGAAGUCAUUAAAGCUCACCGAUAUCUAUUUUUGUAUGAAACCAUGAGCUCGUUGUUGUUUGGAGAAGGUUUUUUGGGCGGUGUGGUGAGCGGCGCGCCGUCGGACGCGGUUCCCAGAGCGCUGCGCAACGACCUGGGAUCCAACAUCCAUGUUCUCAAGACCCUCAAUCUGAGGUUCCGCUGCUUCCUCGCCAAAGUCCAUGAGCUGGAGAGAAGGAACAAACUUCUGGAGAGCCAGCUGAAGCAAGCCUCCAGUCAGCCGAGGCACACGGGCUUCACCUUCACGCGUGAAGUCGCUGUCCAGACGGACUCUCUGGAAUCCAGACUUCCAGGCACCAUCUGGAGUUUUACGCAUAUUUUGAGACACGGAGAGCGCGUGAAGACUGUCCAGGGACCCGGGGUCACCUGGACCCAUCCGGACGGGGUUGGGGUCCAAAUCGACACCAUCACCCCAGAACUGAGAGCCUUGUAUAACGUCCUGGCCAAAGUCAAACGGGAGCGGGAUGAGUACAAGAGAAAGCUACUAUUUAAUGUAUUCUUAUGUUGCUUUGUGUGUUCAAGUUUUCUUAUGUUCGUGUUUGCGUGUGUUCAGAACGUAAACGAAUCCGAAGCCAUUCAGGACGAGUUGAACGAGAAGGUCGAAAGACUGAAAGCUGAACUGGUGGUCUUCAAGAGCCUUAUGAGCGAUCAAAUGUCCGACCUUGACACCAAGAUUCAGGAGAAAGCUAUGAAGGUGGACAUGGACAUCUGCAGGAGAAUAGACAUCACAGCCAAACUGUGUGACGUGGCCCAGCAGAGGAACUCAGAGGACAUGUCCAAGAUGUUCAACCUCAGUCCAUCCAGAGCACCAGCAGACAGGUCACUGCCUGCUCUUUCUCUCUCCUCUCUUUCUGUCCCAUUCUUUUUCCUCACACGCAGACAUUGUUCAGAUAACUCAUUUGUUGCUAGGCGGGAGACGUUUGAGAUCGAUGAUGACUGUGACAGUUUGACGUGGGAAGAGAACGAUGAUACGCUGCUGCUAUGGGAGGAUUUCACCAAUUACAACAUGCCCUACAGCCUUAACAACAGCACCGGUGCCCUCGACUGCAACGGAGACACACACGACACUGAUUGCAGUCUGGGAAAUCUCAUCGAUGAGACCGAGUCUGUUUUCAAGACCAGAGAGCAGGAAUAUCAGAAGACAAUCGGACAAAUCGAGAUGGAGUUGGCCACGGCUAAGAGUGACAUGAACAGACAUCUGCAUGAGUACAUGGAGAUGUGCAGCAUGAAACGAGGGCUGGACGUGCAGAUGGAGACGUGCAAGAGAAUGAUCAAGGGUGGCAGAAAUUCUCUUUCCAUCAGCUCAUCCGCGAGCAGUGACUCAGGGAACACUGAAGAGAUACAAGACGAGUCGGACAAGGACGGAGAGACGGAGGGGCCAAUCAGCUGAUACCUGCCCAGUCUGGCCCCGCCCUCUUCCCCCCACGAGCUCCAAUCAGCUCUCGGGCCUCCCAGCAAUCGGCCAAUGGCCUUACACUGAGGGACAGAGCCCACUCCCACAAACCCCAAAUUCUGUAGGUGCUUUAACGUCAGAGUGGGGCGGAGUUAAUGAGGGUUGUUUUUGUGCUUCGACAUCAAUAUCGAUGUGUCACACGGUGCCACAGCUGUCACGGGACAGCCUAACUACGAAUCAGAUCGAUCCCAGCUAAAAUACAUAACACAAUACACUUGAUCAAACCCGAAAUCAAGCCCAUAUCUCGAUAAGAAACCGGAAAACGUUCACGCAAUGUGAGUGAUACACAAGACUGAAAGCCGAUCAGACCAAAACGGACUGAACUCGCUGCGAUCGAACACAUCAGAAUGAGUUGCUUAAUAUUUGUGGCUUUUUAUUUUUCUAAAAACUAUUUCAGAAAUCAACAGUUUACUGCAGAAACACUUUGGCCUUUAAGCCCCGAACCCAGUUUGCGAAUGUGGAAACAGCUCAUGUUCUAUGCAAUCGGCCUUAUUUUGUGAUCUGUGUUUUCCCAGCUAACAAAAAUACACUCUAAGAAUGUUUUGCUAACGUUCCCAGCUAGUUUUGAAAAUGUU